CACACACAUACACUUCUAAACACAGGCGGCGUGUGCUUGCAUUGCAGCUCACAGCACACAGAUGGAUGGAGCUAGCGUGUGUGUGUGAGAGAGAGUGAGUAAGCCGGGAGUGAGCCGUAGCUGGCUGACUGGCUGACUGGCUGACUGGCUGACUGGCUGACUGGCUGACUGGCUGACUGGCUGACUGGCUGACUGGCUGUGUAGACACAGGGGAGAGUGUCACCGUCUCAGGCUGGGUGUGGAGAACUCUCUCUGGGGUAGGGAGACCACAGGACCAGGGUUCUCCCAGGGCUCUAUAGCAGCUGCAGCAGGUGGACAGCUAGGCGGAUGGGCCAAUGGGUGGCUGAGGGAAGGCAUGCAGCAGUAACCACGGCAACAGUGGUACCGGCUGUAAGGGGCACAGGGACAUGCUGAGGAUGGGCACUCGGCCGCGGCCACCCCCGGACCUGCGGCAGCGGGAGGAGGGCAGGCUGCUAGCAGCGGUGGCUCUGGUGGAGCAGGAGGAGGAUGAGGAGGAAGACUCAGAGGAAGGCAGCAGUGGAAGCGGGGGCAGUGACAGCGCCAGCUGGGCAGAGGAAGGGGCCAAGGCCACCAAAGUCCCCACCUUCGAUGUCCCCUACUUCCGCUACAUAGACGAGGAGGAGUCAGAGGGAGAGGGGGAUGGACAGGAGGUGUGGAGCAGCAGUCGCUCUCUGUCCUCCAUCGAGGACGACUCAUCCAGUGACAGUGUUGUCUCUGACAGGUACGUGGUGGUGUCAGGGACCCCAGAGAAGAUCCUAGAACACCUGCUGUCUGUCCUGAGGCUGGACAACCACCGUGAUGACCAGGAGAGCACACAGCAGACUAAGGAGUCAGAGCCCCUCCUGGAUGACUUCCUGCUGACAUACCUGGUGUUCAUGUCAACCAGUGAUCUGUGUCAAGCUCUUCUGGGACACUAUUGUUCAAGGAGACACCACCAGGGGAAAGACAAAGGGAAGGAGGUUCUGGACAGGAAACGUCAGGUCCUGCACCUGGUGACACAGUGGACAACACUGUACAGAGACUUCCUACGAGAAGACGAGCAUGUUAAACUCUUCAUGAAGACAUUGUAUCGUUUCCUCCUGGAUGACCUUUAUGAGUAUCCAACUCUAGAGAAGGAGCAGAAGGACCUACAGAAACUCUUGCGGCUGCAUCGCAGACAUACAGCGGAGGAGUAUUCACCCCACAGAAAGAGCAAAGCUCUUUCCCACCAACUGAGCCUGAAAGAGAACGGGCUCCCGUCCAGAAGAACACAAAGGGAGACCAGGGAAGUGUUGUGUCAUGUGUACGUGAGCAUGGACUCAUAUCUGAGUGUGAGGAGCCUGGCCAGUGUUGUGGCCCAGGGGCUGCUGCAGGAGGUGGCUGAGAGACUGGAUGUCCCCCUGGAGGAGCUGGUCCUGCUGGCUGUCACCUACCCUGGAGAGAAACUCCUCCUGAAGCCUCAGGACAGGCUCUACUCUGAUUCGCUGACAGCAGUGGGGAGGCUGCAUGUGUGCAGAAAGGAUCUGAGUGAAGUCAUGAACCCGUUCACAGACAACGCAGAGCUACAACAGAGGUCAGCUCGCAUGCUGAGUAUGAACACAUGGGACGUGGCUGUCACCCUUACAAACUUUGACUGGAGUGUCUUCAACUCAAUACAUGAGCAAGAGCUGGUGUACUUCACGUUCAGCCGUCAUGCCAGCGGUGGCCACACGGUGGCGCUGGAGCUGCUGCUGCAGCGCUGCAAUGAGGUACAGCUGUGGGUGAUGACAGAAGUCCUGAUGUGUCCUACGCUCUGCAACAGAGUCCAACUCAUCAAGAAGUUCAUCAAGAUCGCUGCCCACUGUAAAGCCCAGAGGAACCUCAACUCUUUCUUUGCCAUCGUUAUGGGUCUGAACACAGCAGCAGUUAGCCGCCUAAGUCAGACCUGGGAGAAAGUUCCAGGAAAAUUGAAAAAAGUGUUUUUGGAGCUGGAGAUGUUGACGGACCCCUCUCUCAACCACAAAGCCUACAGGGACACUUUCAGGAAGACCAAAACGCCGAAGAUCCCUUUCCUUCCUCUGCUACUGAAAGAUAUCACCUUCAUUCACGAGGGCAACAAAACGUUUCUCGAAAACCUGGUCAAUUUUGAAAAGCUGCACAUGAUAGCCGACACGGUGCGUCUCAUCAGACACUGUCAGGAGGAUCACAUGGGGAACGGGAUGCCCCAGAAGAGCAGUCCGGAGGUGCAGGCCUAUGUCGAUUACCUUCACAUCAUUGACAAUCAGCAGACUCUGUUUGAACUGUCCCACAGACUGGAGCCCCGUGUAUAGAUAGACCACACAUACACUCUCUGAGCCUGCCUCCCUCCCUCUCUCCACCCCUCAACGUCAGACCACCAAGGAGAAGGGUACCAGCUAGUCUCUGGAAACACCCCUCAGGACUCUGUUAUCAACUUAGAGAAACAUGGGUUGGCCAACCCUAUAGAGCCCAGCUCUAACAGACCCCC